CCGAGUUUGUGGCCACAUUUUGAAUUACGCGAGUCUGGGUUUUGACCGCGGGAGGACACCGUCGGUGAAGAUGGCGGCGCUCAGGAGCGCGGCGGGAACGUUAAGGCGCUUCCUUCCUUUGGUGCAGAAAAAUGUUACAGGAAGUUCCUCCAUUACACAGCUGGUAUCCAGGUUUGCCACCCUCGAUCUCCGAUACAUUCAAUCUCCAACUAUCUCUACGGUAACCAAACUGGGGUUACCUUUGGGCAGUAACUACAUGUGUGCACAUAAAUUCGCUACUAUCAAGAGUCUGCCUAACUGUGCUACUAAUUUUCAACAACCGGUGAGAGCUCUCACUUACUGCAGUCUGCGUAAAGGAAAGCGGAAAUCGGUGAAAUCUGUUGUCAAAAGGUUCCUACGACUGCACUGUGGUCUCUGGGUGCGCAGAAAGGCAGGUUACAAAAAAAGACUUUGGAAGAAACGGCCUGCGAGAAAACGUAGACUCCGACAACAUGUCUUCUGCAACAAGACCCAAAGCAAAAUGCUAGACAAAAUGACAACGGAUUUCUGGAAAAGGCGGAACUGGUAUGUGAAUGACCCAUACCAAAUGUACCAUGAUCGAACAAACCUAAAGGUUUAAAGAUUUGUGAUGGUUCUGGCAAAAGUUACAGUCAUUCUGUAUUAGUUCAGAAGCUAACGAAACCGCCUUUGUUAAGAAUAUGUUUGGCAUUUAAUACUGAACUAACUUUAUACAGAAUACACCGACUGACUAUGGAUAUUAGAAGGCCAGAUGACAGAAGAAAUAAUGCAGGCAAAUAUCUAUAAUGUAUGUCUGUAUUUGUUGGUGUUCCAUAAUAAAGCUUCCA